AGCCUCAGGCCCCAGCCAUGGCGUCCGAGCGGCUCCCCAGCCGGCCCGCCUGCCUCAUCGUGGCCAGCGCCGCCGCCCGCGUGAUCACCCACCAGCCUCUCAUGGAUCAUGAAAGGCAAGCCUCCUUGGUCUCUGGACGAUCUAGGACCAGCAGAAAGUGGAGAGCCCUGGGAGGAUUCUCCAGGCGUCCAUUGAUCAGCCCUGUGCUGAAUGGUGUGUCAGCCCACUCGUUUCUUCACUGCUUCACCAUGGGUAGUGCCGCCUUCAAUCUCCAAGUGGCUACUCCAGGGGGGAAGGCCAUUGACUUUGUGGGCGUGAAUGAAAGCAACAUGCGCUGGAUCCAGGACUUCCGCAUGAAGGCCUACGCCAGCCCGGCCAAGCUGGAGUCCAUUGAUGGUGCCAGGUACCAUGCCCUGCUCAUCCCCAGCUGCCCUGGGGCACUGACUGACCUUGCCAACAGUGGGUACUUGGCCCGAAUCUUGGAGCACUUCAGCACUGAGCAGAAGCAUCUGGGCUCAGAUUCAGCAGAGGUAAAUGAAGUGACUGGCCCUGGUUCACCAAGCCCAGAAUGGGGACCAGGGGCUCUGUGGAGAGAUGAAGAGCUGGGGUUCUGUGGGGCCGCCCUGGAAGAAGCCGAGCUGCAGGCCUCAGAGCCGAUCUGCGCCGUGGGGCAUGGCGUGGCUGCCCUCUGCUGUGCCACUAAGGAGGAUAAGUCAUGGGUGUUUCAGGAUUACAGCCUGACUGGGCCCUCGGUGUAUGAGCUCAUCCGGCAGCCUGGCUUUGGAAGGCUGCCCAUCAUCACAGAAGACUUCGUGAAGGAUGCAGGGGCCAGCUUCAGCGCCAGCCAGCCAGACGCAGUGCACGUGGUUCUGGAUCGGCACUUGGUCACGGGCCAGAACGAUUCCUCUACAGUCCUGGCGGUGCAGAACCUGGUGUUCCUGUGCGGCAGCAGCAGGAAGUGAGAGGAGAGACUGUGGCUGUGGCUUCAGGAUGUGAGCCUAGUGACUCCUGUGUCCCAUGGACCUACCUGGUAGAAGCAGCUGUAGACAAGCCCUGAGCCCCUCCUGGCCUGCAGUGCCUCCCUUUUCAUCUACGUGGCUUCCUCCUCUACGAGCCCACCCCCACCCCCACCUCCCCUUGCCUACAUGUCCUCCCUUGAGUCCAGGAGAACCAGCAGGGGCUCUGGACAUGGCCCUGCCCCUUGCUCUGUGCCCUGGCCAUGCGGGCCUUCUCAGAAUGACCUGGCUGACCCUGGGGCCUUGGCUGGGCCAGGCCCAUGCACACACACACACACACUUGGGGGGGGGCAAUGAGUGUUAAGUGACUUGCCCAGGGUCACACAGCUAGUAAGCGUCAAGUGUCUGAGGUCAGAUUUGAACUCAGGUUCUCCUGAAUCCAGGGCCAGUGCUUUAUCCACUGCACCACCUAGCUGCCCGGACACACACUAGUAAAAGGAACAUGAGCACACACCCGGCCCCAGGUCCUGCUGGUGAAGAGGUAGGGGGCACAGGACUCUGCUCUGCCUUGGGCCCUAGGGAUGGGAGGAAUCCAGCAGAGGGACCACUGGGGACAAGGACUCAGGUGUGUCUGGCUGAAUGCUGCCUCCCUUUUAGUGCCCUCCCCAGGCCUUUGGAGGGCGGGGUCACCGACUUCCAGAGCUCCAGCCUGCUGGGCUGGCUGGCAGGGAGUGGAGGGCUGUUGGUACGCUCACUGUUCCUGCAGAGUGCCCUGGGCAUCUAAACCCUCCUAGAAGAGAGAGCCCUGGGUUAGUUUUCUGGGAAAUCACAGGGGGCUUUGGCCAGUGACCAAGGACCUAGGAAUCAGGCAGGGGCCCAAUGCCCAUCCCCACUGCUCAGGGUUUGGCUUUUCAGACCCAGUGGGGUGCUAGGUGCCGUGACAGAAGGGAUGCUUCCCUUCCUGGUUAUUUGAACACAGAGGGGAGGAGGCAAGGCCCUUCCCCCAGAAGGUGUGAUCCUCAACAGCUGGGGGCAGAUGAUAGACCCUGGGAGAGCCAGAUUGGACACCCCCCCCACCCCACAUCCAGCUGCCUGCUGGACAUUCCAUAAGCAGCUGUCCAGAUUGGAACUCGCUGCUCCCUUUGACUGUGAAGGUCAUUGUCAUCCUGCCAUUGCUCAUUCUGGACUCCUCCCUCCCCCCCAUCCAAGAUGGCGCCAAGGCCUGGCCAUUGACCUCUGCAGAACCCUCCUAAUCUCCCUUCUCUGCCCCUGCCCCCUCCCUUGGUCUCACCUCAUCACCCCGGACCAUGACCAUAGCUGCUGCCUGCCUCAGUUUCUCCUCUUCCAGGUCAUGUCACCACCACCUGCCCCCCAUCAGUUUUUAAAAUAGCCUUCAUUUUAAUAGUUUUAUUUUCCCCCAAUUAUGUGUUAAAACAUUUUUAUUUAAAGUCUUGAUUUCCAAAUCCUAGCCCCGUGCCUCUCCCCGCUCCCUGAGAUGGAAGCGGUCAUAUAGGUUAUACCUCGGCCAUCAUGGAAGACAUUUUCACACCAGUCAUUUUGUACAAGACGCCUCAAAUAAAAAGAAAGAAUGUGAGUGAAAAA